AGAAGCCACGUCACAAAUUUGUGGCUCGAAAUUCAACAUGAAGCGGAGACGUCAAAUUUUCUAAACAGGAAGAGGAGAAAAUACAACUUUUUCAUCAAGAUUUGAACGUGUAGCUGAAUGACUGAAAAUGAGUGAUUUGGAGGAAGAGAUACAUGGACCAGACUCUCUAUUGAACUCCAAACAUCAUACUCCAGACUCGAGUGAUGAACCUGGACCCUCAAACACAAAAGAGUUGAAGGUUUGGAGUCCUGCCUCUGUGGAAGAGCAGCCGUCCUGCUGUGGUUUGUGUCAGGAUGUCCUGAGGGAUCCGGUCUCUACCAGCUGUGGACAUUGGUUCUGCAGUCAGUGCAUCAGCUCAUACUGGGACCAGUCUGCUUCAUCAGAGGACGUCUCCUGCCCCAAGUGUCGAAAAAGAUCCAGAACAAGACCUGGACUGCAGGCAGCCAGUCAGACUAGCACUGUUCAAAGAAGCUUUGGUCUGCAAGAGGUUCUACAUGAACAUAAAAAAAGUCUGAGGAGCAGAUAUGAACGUGUGACAGAAGGAACUGAUGAAGCAGGAAGUGGAAUCCUCCUCAACAGGAUCUACACCGAGCUCUACAUCACAGAGGGACAGAGUGAGGAGGUUAAUACCCAACAUGAGAUCUGGCAGCUUGAGAUGACUUCCAAGCUGGAGAAUCUCCAGGAAACUCCAAUCAAGUGUGGUGACAUCUUUAAAGCCGUACCUGGCCAACAGAGAAACAUCAGAGUUGUGCUGACGAACGGUGUUGCUGGCAUUGGAAAAACCUUCUCAGUGCAGAAGUUCACACUGGACUGGGCGGAGGGCUCAGAGAACCAAGAUAUCACUCUGCUGAUUCUGCUGUCGUUCAGGGAGCUGAAAUUUAUCGAAGGUGAGCAGUACAGUCUUCUCAGGCUUCUCCAUGUUUUCCAUCCAACGUUACAGAAGGUGACAGCAGAGCAGCUCGCUGUCUGUAAACUUCUGUUCAUCUUUGAUGGCCUGGAUGAAAGCAGACUUUCACUGGACUUUAACAUCAGUGAGGUUGUUUCUGAUGUCACACAGAAGUCAUCAGUCAGCGUGCUGUUGAUAAACCUCAUCAAGGGGAAGCUGCUUCCCUCGGCUCUUGUCUGGAUCACUUCCCGACCGGCAGCAGCCAAUCAGAUCCCUCCUUCAUGUGUUGACAGGGUAACAGAAGUACGAGGCUUCACUGAUGCCCAGAAGGAGGAGUACUUCAGGAGGAGGUUCAGUGAUGAAGAUCUGUCCAGCAGAAUCAUCUCACACAUCAAGAGCUCAAGGAGCCUCCACAUCAUGUGUCUGAUCCCAGUAUUCUGCUGGAUCACUGCUACAGUUCUGGAAAACAUGUUGACCACAGACCAGAGAGAAGAGCUGCCCAAGACUCUGACUGACAUGUACUCACACUUCCUGCUGGUUCAGACAAAGAGGAAGAAGCUGAAAUAUGAUAAGGGACAUGAAAUGAGUCCAGGGGAGCUGACUCGGUCCGACAUGGAAGUUCUUUUGAAACUGGGGAGGCUGGCAUUUGAACAUCUGGAGAAAGGAAACAUCAUGUUCUACAAAGAAGACCUGAAGCAGUGUGGUCUUGAUGUCACAGAGGCCUCAGUGUACUCAGGAGUUUGUACAGAGAUCGUCAGAAGAGAGUCUGUAAUCUUCCAGAAAACCAUCUACUGCUUUGUUCAUCUGAGCGUUCAAGAGUUUCUGGCUGCAGUCUACAUGUUCCACUGUUACACCAACAAGAACAAAAAGGUUCUGGAGGACUUCUUUGAUGAUGAUGAUGAUGAUGAUUCAUUCAUUGUCAGUGAUGAUGAUGAUGAUGACGACUACAACAAGUCAUCUUUGGAUAACUUCCUGAGGAGAGCAAUGGAGAAAUACUUAGCGAGUAAAAAUGGCCACCUUGAGUUGUUUGUUCGCUUCCUUCAUGGCCUGUGUCUGGAGUCCAACCAGAGACUGUUAGGAAGCCUACUGGGUCGAACAGACAACAGUCCAGAAAUCAUCCAGAGAGCCAUCAAAAACCUGAAGACAAUGACAACAGACGAUGUCUCUCCUGACAGAACCAUCAACAUCUUCCACUGUCUGAUGGAGAUGAACGACCACUCAGUUCAUAAGGAGAUCCAAGAGUUCCUGAAGUCAGAGAACAGAUCAAAGAUGAAACUCUCAGAGAUCCACUGCUCAGCUCUGGCCUACGUGCUGCAGAUGUCAGAGGAGGUUCUGGAUGAGUUGGACAUGAAGAAGUAUAAAACGUCAAUAAAGGGAAAACAACGACUGAUUCCAGCUGUCGUGAACUGCAGAAAGGCUCGACUCUCUGGCUGUGAACUUUCAACCAUACACUGCAACACUGUUGCCAGGGCUUUAAAGUCCAACCCAUCUCACCUAAGAGAGCUCGACCUGAGUAACAAUUAUCCAGGAAACUUGGGAGUGGAGCUGCUGUCUGAUGGUCUUGAGAGUCCACACUGUAGACUGGAGAAUCUGAGACUCAAUCACUGUGAAAUAACACCGAGGGGCUGUGCAUCUCUGGGCUCAGCUCUGUCCUCAAACCCGUCCUAUCUGAGAGUGCUGAGGCUGAGCAGCAACAAGCUGCGUGAUUCAGGAGUGUUGGAGCUGUGUGGUUUUCUGAGGAGUCCACUCUGUAGACUGGAAACUCUGAAAUUAAGACACUGCAGUCUGUCAGAGAUCGGCUGUGCUUCUCUGGUCUCAGCUCUGGAUCUUAACCCCUCCCAUCUGAGAGAGCUGGACCUGAGUGAAAACAAGUUGUGCAAUCCAGGAGUCAGAGAUCUCUGUGAACUUCUGCUGAGUCCACUCUUUAGACUGAAGACUUUGAGCUUGUCAAAAUGUAGCAUCACACAUGAAAGGUGUUAUUCUCUGGCCUUGGUUCUAAAGUCCAACCCUUCCCAUCUGAAAGAGCUGGACCUGAGUAGAAAUGAAUUGAAAGAUUUAGGAGUGAGGCAUCUCUGUGUUGGUCUCAAGAGUCCUCUUUGUCAACUGGAAACUCUGAGGCUUGUAAGGUGUGAUCUCUCAGAGAUCAGCUGUGCUUCACUGGCCUCGGCUCUGAGGACCAACCACUCCCAUCUACGAGAGCUGGACCUGAGUGACAACGAGCUGCAGGAUUCAGGAGUGAAGCAGCUGUCUGAGCUUGUGAAGAGUCCAAACUAUAGUCUGCAGACUCUGAGGUACUUCAAUGCUGAGGGUUCACCUGUAACAGUGAAGUUCAGCUGUGACCAGUCUGAAGAUGAACCUUCAGAUGUCGGUAAUGAACCUGGACCUUCAGGCACAAAGUUGUUCAGUGCUGAGGGUUCACCUGUCACAGCGACUGGAUACCAGGAGUUGAGUGAAUCUCUUGAAUCCAGCUGUGACCAGUCUGAAGAUGGACCUUCACAUGUCAGUAAUGAACCAGGACCUUCAGACACAAAGAUGGGUGACAGAGACACCAGGACUCUACCUGACAGACAUGAAGGAUAUCCAUCCACAUUUGAGUCAAAACUCACUGUGUCUGGGGACAUGACAGAGGGGAGUGAGGAUAAGGAGGAUCAGCCGAGUCCUGAUGAUCCAGAGAGGUUGAACCAGCGGCAUCAGCUUCUGUGUGGAGAUGUACUGAGUACAAAUGACAAGCAGAAUUUCACACCUGAACUGCUGACUGAGUCUGGAAAGACGUCAUACAGGUUCAGGUGUCCUGGUCCAGGUGUGUUCCAGUGUGAAUCAACUGGACUGGUGUUUGUAAUGGUUCAGGAGGCGGAGCUGCUGUACGGGACCGUCCACUGGGAUAAGAACCUCCUCUAUCAGGCUGAUAAGAUGGCUGCAGGGCUGCUGUUCGAUAUCAAGUGUUCAGAGGAUUCUGCUGUCUGUCAGCUCCACCUGCCUCACUGUGAAGUUAUGGAUGCUCCGCUGCCUGAAGGUCUGCUGUCUGUCGUCCACAUCACUGAUGAUGGAAUGAACUUCCUCAAGCCGCUGGAGGUUACAGACACUCAUGUGGUCGUCACAGUCUCCCACUUCUCCGCCCUUGGUAUAGUAAAGAAUUUUAUUAAAUGGGUUUUGAAGAAGACUAAAACAGUUUGUGGCAAAGUCCUGCUGUUUCUUGGACAACCAAACCCAAAAACACAGAGGCGAAAACUGGACGUGUUUCUCCUGCCGUGGAACAUCCAUCAGGACGUGGUGAGCACACAGCAGCGACAUUCAGAGAACAUCCAGGUCCCUUCAAAAUGUAAAUUCAUUGAAGAUCAGAGUUACACUCUUCACUGUCCUCAGGCAAUUAAAAUACAGCCUAGGAGUGCAAAUUUCGACCUGGAGUUUGGACCAGAUUACUACCCAGCAUUUGAGGUCCGCCUGCCGACAACCACAGAAGAAGUGACUUUAAUGAUCAAAGAUCAAGGAGAUACAGUGGUCUGGGAGCACGACGUCGAUCUCACCGAUUCAAGCAGGAGAACUCCACAGAUGAACGUCCCAGCGGAGGAUUUGGUCCCAGCAGAGGACGAUGUGCGGGCAGACAAGAAGCUGUUCUCUGUUAGGGAGGAGUUUGUACAGCGAGUGUCUGAUCCUGUUCUGAACCAGCUUCUGGAUAAACUUUAUCCGAGCGUCAUAAGUAAUGAAGAAAUGCAGUCCAUCAGAAACAAAUCAGUCCGACAGGAUAAAGCACGGGAGUUGAUCGACGCAGUGGAACGAAGGGGACAUGAAGCCAGCUCGAUCCUGAUCACUGCCAUUGGUGAGCUGGAUCAAUAUCUUUCCAGCCAGCUGAAGUUAAGCUGAAGAAGGAGGUCAAAUUCUGGUGACUGACAGAGAUUCAUGCAGCACUUUAAUGCUAUAGUUUGCAUAUUUAUGUUUGCUGUUACAAAGAGCUCAGGAGGUAACUGAUCAUGAGCAUUAUUACUGUUGUUGGACUGCAAACCAUGUCACUGGGCGGCUGUGUCUCAGGGGUAGAGCCAGCGGCUUGUUAUCACAAGGUCGCUGGUUCGAUUCCCCUGGUUUGAAUGUCGAAGUGUCCUUGGGAAAGAUACUGAACACCGAACUGCUCCUGAUGUGCUGGUCGGCACUGUGCAUGGCAGCCACCACCAUCAGUGUAUUAAUAUAUGUAUGAAUUACUGUAAGUCACUUUGGAGACAAGUGUCUGCUAAAUGCCCUAAAAUGUAAAUGUUAAUAUAAAUAUUGUUCAAAAUUAAUUGAGGCAUGUCAGGGGAGUCUCAAAAAAAACCAAAAAAACCCUGACACAAAUGCAGUAGUUUACAAAAGGUCCAACUGUUUAUAUGUAGCUUUGUAGUUUUUUAUUAAGAAAUAUUUGUCUGCUUCAUAUAUACAUUUGUAAAAGUUAUUUAUUUUAAAUGUGGAUACUUUUUAAAAUGUUUUUAUACAAUGAGACAUUUUGAUCUCUGUGUAAUGAAAUGUGUUUACAUGGAGUCAUAAAUCCUGAAAUACUUGUGAGGCUCGUUUGUUUAUCAGUACUGAGACCGAACUGUUAGCUGAACCCAACAGGUGUGAAGUUGCUCUUAUAUUGGUAUUAUUAAAAGUUUUCUCAGAGA